AUGUUAAAUCUCAAGAUCCCCCAUACCUCUCCAGUUAUAAUAAAAUGCGCCAGGUACAUAUCGCAAUUCCGGAUACCAUUAAACGACUGUCGGAAUCCCAUGCCGGAGCGGAAGGUCAUCGACCCAAAAGCGUGCGCAAAGCGAGACCGUGGGCUUGUGCUGGGUGUGUACUACAACGAGAGCGUGGCCGGCGAGCGCGCCAUCCUCACUGCCGCCGCCGCCAAGUACAACAAGGACAACGGCGGCAAACUGUGGAAGCUGCUGGAGCUCUCCCCCAUCCCCAAGCUCGGUGAGGCCAGGGUAUUCUUCGACGUAGACCCUAAAUAUGCUUUCGUGGCCGUUGCAGGACUCGGGACGGAAUGCUACACUUACAACACGGUGGAACGGCUGGACGAACACAAGGAGGCCAUCCGCACCGCCGCCGGCGUCGGCGCCCGAGCGCUGCAGGAGCUGCUCCCGGCUCACAUCGACGUGGAGUCGUUCGGCAACGCGGAGGCGGCGGCCGAGGGCGCAGAGCUCGCCGUCUGGCAGUUUACGGAAUACAGAACGCGAGUACUCGGUACUCAGGGCAAAGUCAAACUGCACCUCUACGACGACUGCGACUUCGAAGGUUGGGAAAUAGGAAGAAUUAAGGCAGAUUCCCAGAAUUUAGCCAGAUAUUUGGAAGAGUUGCCGGCAAAUGUCCUUAAUCCGACGUCAUUUGCCAAAAUAAUCGUAGAUCUUCUGUGCGAGCUGGAUAUAAACGUGCACGUGAAGACGCGAGGAUGGGCCUCUGCUCAUGAGAUGGGCGGAUUUGUGGCCCUUAGCCAUUCCUCCGUACAGCCGCCGCUCUACGUAGAGAUCGGGUACUUCGGCGGGAACCCUUGUAAGCAGCCGGUGGUGUUCAUAGGCAAAGGAGUGACCUUCGACAGCGGCGGUUUACAAUUAAGAUCGCGGGAGCACCUGCGAUAUAUGAGAGGUGAUAUGGCUGGGGCGGCGUGUGUGGUGGCGAUUGUUCGUGCGGCCGCUUUAUUAAAACUGCCCAUAAACAUUAGGGGGAUACUACCGCUUUGCGAGAUGAUGCCGAAUUGCAUGAGUCCGAAGUUCGGAGACGUCAUUUCCAACGCUCACGAGAAAAGUGUGAAGAUUCGUAUGCCGGCGCGGGAGGGAAGACUGCUGAUCGCGGACAGCCUGGCGUACGCUAGGAACUAUUGGCCGGAAUUUAUAGUCGACGUGGGCACAAUGUCGGAAGAAUUGGAGCACGCCCUCGGUAACGCGGCUUGUGCAUGCUACUCGAACUCCGAAGGUUUGUUCCGCGAUUUCGAGGUAGCCGGCAGCAGGACCGGCGAUAGGAUAUGGCGAAUGCCGCUGUGGAACUUCUAUUCGGACCGAAUAAGCGACGUGCAGGAGACGGAUCUGGCGAACACGGCGCGUCACUUCUUCGGCGACUCUCCGAACUGCGCCGCGUUCCUGCGGCAGUUCGUGUGCGACGGCAAGUGGGUCCACCUCGACACGUACAACGUCACCUACACGAAGGGCCGCGACUUCAAGUACCUGCGGCGCGGCAUGACGGGUCGCCCUACACGGACCAUUAUCGACCUUCUUCAGCUAAGAUUAUGUGCUAGUGGCGAACUGUAAGGGAUUCACUGUCGAUUCUUGACUAAUGACUGCACUCAAAAUCAGUGAAAACGAGUAACUUUGUACCUAUGAAAAUAUACAUACCAUAUGACCCGUAAUCAUUGUUAUGAGUGUAGGUAUUCGAUAAUUAAUGGAAAGCACUUUCCCAAUAUUGUGGUUUGUCCGUAGGGUCAUCGACCACAGUAACAGUUUCUUAAAGGAAAUGUCUUAAGUCAUAUCUAAUGUGUUUGUGUAUUAAUGUACUUAGCAGACAUCUGACGUGUCAUCAUUAAUGGCAUGGGGAACUAUAAACAUGUUUAUUUGGUCAUUUUAAAAACUAUAAAAUUAUUGUAUUAGGUUGACAGGUCGCCAUGGCAAGGAGUAACGUGAAAAUGUCGAUUGAGCAGUUAAUUAAAAAAAACCAAACACUUAGUUAUAAUAAAAAUAGCAACGAUAUGUUUAUAUAAGGCUAUCUAAAAAUAUUUAUUUUAUUCAAAAUGAUCAUGGUGUAAAAUCAUAAUUGCAAAACAAGAAUAAGGUGAAAAAUAAUACUCAAUUUUUGACUUUAACUUUUCAACACGAAAAGAUACAUGUAAAAAUAUUUUGCAAAUAUGUAGUGGGCAUGAUUGAACAAAUAAAAUACUUAUUUAUAUCAAAACUUAAAAACUAAUUUGUUACUAUACAAAUUCGCCAAAUGUAUUGAACCUAUCUUCGUAUGACUUUCAAGACUUUAACGUGAUUGUCUCGUAAGUGGAUUUUUUUGUAUAAGUAAACAAACUUUUUUUUUUCAGUUAAUAAAAGAUGGAAGUCCA